AUGGAUAGCGGCGGAUAUGAAGUGGACCUGUUUGUUGACCCACCAGACCAUGAUCUGAUCUGCAUCAUAUGUAGAGGUGUCUUACAGUGCCCUGUCAGAGUAGCAUGCCACCACAUCUUCUGCAAGAAGUGCAUUCUACAGUGGCUUAAAAGACAGGAGACAUGUCCCUGCUGCAGGAAGCCUAUCAACCAGAACCUCAUGUUCGUACUGUUUAAGCUGAGCAAGUCCAUCGGUCGUUUACGAAUAAAGUGCCAUAACGAGGUACAAGGCUGCACGGCGACUUUCCCGCUCUCUGACGAGUACCUUCACAUCUCAACCUGCCCGUUUGAGUGGCAGCUGUGCCCCCACCAGGGCUGCGGGGCGCGCGCGCUACGUAAAGACGCUCGUGCCCACGAACAGAGCUGCCCGCACUGGAGGCAGAUGUGCCCCAUGGGGUGUGGCACGGUCUUGAGUAGAGCGACUCAAGCCCAGCAUAACUGUUACAGGCAGCUGCAGCAGCGUUACGAGGCCCAGCGGCAGACCCACCGCGCCAUCGCUGCCGCCCUGCGCAGGAAAAUAAUGCGUAUGCAGAACACCAUGGCCCACAUGAGAAGGCAGAUUGGGCUGAUCUGUGAAAGCCUGGAGGUCACGGAAGAGCCGGAGAGAGGAGAGAACGCAGGAGAAGGAACCAGCGCAAGCGCCGCUGGCAGCUCCUGA